AUGUGGUACCAGCUCAGGAAGUCAGACUCGCUCCCGUUUCUUCGCCUCAAGCCCAACGGCCAGUAUUUCGAAUGUAGACAAUGUCACUUUACGAACGUUCUCGGUUACACUUGUCCUUGGUGCCAGAGCGUCUGCAAUGCCUUGAACACCCCAAUCACAGCUACCCGCCCCAGGCGACGAAUCAGCGCUCCCCAAUUGCUGAGCGAGGCGCAGAAAGCCCAGCUGGUACGGAUCGAUCAUAAGAGCACGGCUGUAAAGCAGGUUCGUAUAUCGCCGAUUGGCCCCCGCGCCGGCGCUUCCGCGCAACGAGGCGUGUUGUUCGACGAUUCGGGGGAUGUUGCGCGCUGGCGGACGUCUAGGUCCUCAAAGACUAUUAGGCGACGCAACCGUCUUGCUGCGGUCUACUCCGUUCAGGAUAUUGUUGCUACAACGACAACGGACUCUAAAUUGGAACCAUUCCUGCGCGAGCUGGUGGAUAUGCUUGAGCAAGGCAUCGCCAGCCCAACACCACCCCUACCUCUGCACGACUCAACGCCACUCACGACGUCCUCCGCUUAUGAAGAUACCGAUAUGGCUACCAUGGAUGAGAAAGAGAAUAGAUGCAGCGACGGCAAUGGCAUCGGUACGCUUAUCGCCGUCUCGAACACAAUGACACCGCGCACGCUGCGGCGGAAGCAGAGGAUAGGCAUACUUCGGCAGCACUCUUCUCGAUCCCUGCGCAAACGAUCGGCGGCCUCCCUAUGCAAAGGGUCCUCGAAAUGUAUAGACGCCACUCGUACGCCCGUCUCGACACCUAUUGUCCUGUCCUCGUCGCCAAAUCCGUCGCCGUCGCCGUCGCCGCAGCCGAGGCCGAAGCCCCAGGCCGCGCACAUCCCCCUCGGCCACCCGCAGCGCCCGCUGUACAGUGCGAUCCGGAAGAACAUGGCGCGCCCCAGUAUACCCGACACGAUUAUACCCAAGAUGGACCUCCCGUCGCUGCACGCGCAGGUGUGCGAGCUCGCGCGCGAGACGUGCUCGCUUGACGUGCCGUUCGGACGCACGUUUGACCUGCCCCCCGCCACGGCAGCGGGAUGUGAAUGGACGUGGGGGAGCGCCGGCGAGGCGGGGAUGGAGAUGCGGGCGGAGCUUGCGCGCUGCCGCUCGGCGGAUAGCAUCGGGGACUUUGCCUACGACGGGAAGCGGGGCAGGGCGGUGAAGGAGAAGGUGCGGAGCCUAGGCAAGGGGCUCCGUGGUCUGCUCUUAGGGAGAGCAUGA